AUGCCUAAUGUGGGCGCAGCCAACAAGGUGGCAUUAGAGGCUGCUGUAAAUGACUUCGAUAGGCAUUUGCUUUCACUUGAGAAGGUGCAGGCUGAGGUUGAGUUGACUUUGACUGCUGAUCAGUUGGAGAAAGAUAUAGAUGAGGCGUUCGAUUUCAUAUGCAAUGCAAAUAAGGCCCGACAAGAGGCAAUGGUGCUGUUGGACGAGAUUGCGAGGAAAUCGAAAGAGAAGUCGAAGGAAGAUGAUUUUGGCGAUAACUACAGCAGCCACGGAAGUAGUCACGGUGGUAAUUCGGGAAGUGUUCGUCUUCCAAAACUCCAAUUGCCUACAUUCAGUGGUACGAUAACUGAGUGGCAGUGUUUUUGGGAUCAGUUCGAGGCUCUUGUUGAUCUGAAUGACACGAUCCCGCAGAUUAGCAAGUUCUCCUACCUGCAGUCCUUGCUGGAGGGAGAAGCGAAAAAUGUGAUAUGA